AUGCCAUCCAAGGACAACGACGACGACGUCGCCCAGACGGUGCGACCCAAGGACGACACCACGUAUGGCCAGCCGCCCUCGGACGUUGCUGAGGGAGUCAUCGAGGAUGAGCACACGUACCAGUUUGACGAGUCCCGCAAGAUUGGAAUCACUGGCGCCGUCUUCCUGAUCCUGAAUAAGAUGAUCGGCACGGGUAUCUUUUCUACGCCAUCCGGCAUCUUUGCGGCGACGGGUUCGGUGGGUGUCGCCCUUUUCCUGUGGAUCAUCGGCGGCAUCCUCACCUUUGCUGGCCUUUCCGUCUUCCUCGAAUUCGGCCUUGCCAUCCCCAAAUCCGGCGGCGAGAAGAACUACCUCGAGCGCGUCUACCGGCGGCCAAAGUAUGUUGCCACCUGCGUCCUCGCCGCACAGAUGCUGCUCCUGGGCUUCUCCUCUGGGAACAGCCUGGCCUUUGGUCGUUAUGUCCUCUUCGCUUCCGGAUCAAAGUCCCCAGAUGGAUGGGCCGCUCGCGGUAUUGCCAUUGCAUGCGUCACCUUCUCUGUCCUGUUGCACUCGACUCUCCCCAAAUGGGGCAUCCGGCUCUUCAACGUCUUGGGCAUCUUCAAAGUCGUCAUCCUCAUCUUCAUCAUCUUCUCCGGCUUCGCCGCCUUGGCCGGUCACCGCAAAGUCCCGGAUCCCAAGAACUUUGACAACGCCUUCAGGCUCGAGGUUGGCGAUGGCUAUGGAGGCGGGGGCGCCUACGCAUACUGCACUGCCCUGCUACGCAUCAUCUACUCUUACAAAGGGUGGGAGAACGCAAACUAUGUCGUCAGCGAGCUCAAGCAUCCCCGGAAGACGCUCGCCAUUGCAGCACCGCUUGCCGUUGGAGGCGUCACCAUCCUUUAUGUUCUGGCAAAUGUUGCCUAUUUCGCCGCCAUCCCCAAGGACCAGCUGGCAAACAGCGAGGUCAUCGUAGCCGGUGUCUUUUUCCGAAAUGUCUUUGGUGAGAGCGCAGGCGCCAGCAGUCUGCCCGCUUUCGUUGCACUGAGCAAUCUCGGCAAUGUGCUCGCCGUGAGCUUCGCCCAUGCCCGUCUGAACCAGGAACUUGCCAAAGAGGGACUUUUGCCGUGGAGUCGAUUCUGGGCUUCCAACAAGCCGUUCAACGCGCCUGCUACAGCUCUCUCCCUCCACUGGCUCAUCACCGUCAUCGUCCUUGUCGCUCCACCCGCCGGCCCCGCCUACAACUUCAUCGUCGACCUCUACACCUAUCCGGGCGCCUGGAUCAACGGCUUCGUCACCGCCGGCCUCAUCUACCUCCACUACUCCAAACGCGAGCGCUGGCAGUCUCCCUGGCACACCUACCUUCCUAUCGCCGUGCUUUACCUCGCCGCCAACAUCUUCCUCGCCAUCACCCCUUUCAUUCCUCCGGAUGGCGACUGGAACGCCGAGGGCUACCCGUAUUAUGUGUUUCCGGUUGUGGGCGUCGGCGUUUUGCUGCUGGGGGUGGUUUAUUGGGCGUUUUGGACCAAGGUUGUGCCGCGGAUUGGGGGUUAUAAGAUUGUGGCCCAUAGGUAUGAGGAUGGGAAUGGGGUGGAGCAUGUUAGGUAUAUCAAGGUGUCGGCGAAACAUGAGUAG